GAGACACGUGUGCAAGUGGAUGAGGAAGUGAAUGGGAGCAGUGGCUGCUGCGGGUUUCAGGGGACAAUGAUCGAGGGCUGGAGCCCGGUUCUUCAGAGCCUCCUGGGCACCUUCUUCACCUGGGGGCUCACCGCUGCUGGAGCUGCGCUGGUUUUCAUCUUCUCGCACGGCCAGAAACAAAUACUGGAUGGAAGUCUUGGUUUUGCUGCUGGUAUCUAUCUCAGCAACAUGGGGAAAGAGGAGGGAGAAGAUGGAAAUAGUUUCUCGACAUCUGAGGAUGGUGAAGACAGGGAAGGCUGAUGAUGAAGAGCAUUGUCAGUGAAGAACGAGAAAGCAAUUGCCAAGACCAGCCCUGAUCAACCACUCCUCCCAUGUUAUUCUGCCACGAACACCUCAGUACACCUCAGUUCACUUCUGCCUGUUUGAAUUGAACGUGGCAAUAGCUGAGUCUUGCAUCUCCGACUCUAAAUUGUCCCAAGUGCAUUGUUAUGCUAGCUGCUUCUUACUGGUCAUUGCUGGCCCCAGCGAUUGAGAUGGCAGAAUCUUCAGGGACCUAUGGGGCGUUUGCCUUCCUUCCUGUGGGAGUGGGCUUCACACUUGGAGCAGCAUUUGUUUACUUGGCUGAUGCUUUGCUGCCCUCGCUGGGUCUUGAUGAUUCUCCACAAAUGGCGUUUGCACUCAAUCAGGAGCUGAAACCAGUGAAGGAAAAGAAGGAAGAUGAAGGGGGAGUUGCCCAGACGCAAGAUGAAGAAUUUGCCAUCCGGAUAGGUAGAGGUGGAUUAUCAGCAGAGAAAGUAGAUAAUGGGGAGGUCUAUCAAAGGAAAAGGAUACAGCAACCCAGCUACUCCGAGGGUUUAACAACAUUCAGCAAUCCAAGACCCACACCAGAACAAAGCAGCUGGAAACGCAUCAUAUUACUUAUUCUUGCCAUCACCAUACACAAUAUCCCAGAGGGUUUGGCUGUCGGAGUUGGAUUCGGCGCUAUCGGCAAGACUGCAUCUGCGACAUUUGAAAGUGCACGGAACUUAGCAAUCGGAAUUGGACUGCAAAAUUUCCCAGAAGGUCUUGCUGUCAGUUUGCCAUUGCGAGGCGCAGGACUGUCCACGUGGAAAGCAUUCUGGUAUGGUCAGUUAAGCGGUAUGGUUGAACCAGUGGCAGGAAUAUUUGGUGCCUUUGCUGUAGUUUUUGCUGAGCCUGUCCUGCCCUAUGCCUUGGCUUUCGCUGCUGGUGCGAUGGUUUACGUGGUCAUUGAUGACAUUAUUCCUGAAGCACAACUCAGUGGAAAUGGCAAGUUGGCAUCCUGGACCUCCAUCGCAGGGUUCGUCUUGAUGAUGUCACUCGAUGUUGGCCUUGGCUAAUCUCAGGAUUUAUUUUAACUGAAGAAAUUAGUUUGGGAACAAUGUUUUUGUUUUUUUCCAUUUAGAUAAAAAGUUGCAAUUUCAUUUUAAAUCUAUGUGACAAAUCACACAAAAUUUUAAUUUCAGGGGUUUCCACAAAUUACUUGCUCUCGUUGAGAAACGAUACUGACUCACCAAAAUGGGAAGGCAGCUUCCAGCCUGGGGUUAUUGUUGCCACAUGACUGCCCAACAUCACUGAUUGUUUUACGCUCGCUCCUGGUUUGCGGGUUUCCCAAUUUUUGAAUUCCUACAACCUGAUUAUCAUGAGGUUUCACUUUGGUCGCAGACUUCUUGUGAUUCAGUCCCUUUUACCUCAGUAAAAGGUAUCACAGUUAAACAUUCGGCAACGUUAACUCAGCAGUGGAAUAAACUUGAUAUUCCACCAUUGCCCACUGUGUAUUCUAUUAAUUCCACAAUGAAUGAUGUAGUUCUUCAGUGAUCACCCAUUGAAAAAUGCUUAUUGUUGUGGUUCGUCACUGAAAACAGAGAAAGCUUUUCCCAUGACGUCAAAGGGAUAUUGUAUUAAGAACAGAGCAGACAUGAUGACCUUUUGAAGAAUAAGUUAUUUUCAUUGUAGAAUAUAUAUAUGAUAAUUUUGUUAUUUAUAUUUUAACAAAGCAUGUAACUGAAACACUUUAUCCCCAUUUUUCUGAUGAUAAAUUCAACACUCUCAUUCACACCAGUCUACCAACAGUCUGCAUUAUCUAGCCAGCCAGCCAGUGUGUGAUAUCUUAAAAGAUUUGGAACAUUCAGGGUUGUUUGCAGUGACAGUACCCAGAUAUUGCCACCAACAACUGUGUCAUCAGGCAUUAAGGGGCCAACUUAAAUGUGUCAUUUUGGAUUUACAACCAAGCAUUUUCUGAAAAGAAAAACGUCAAAAAGACGCAAAGAGAUUUAUAGGCGUACCUCUAUAAGUUUUUGAAUCACCCCCAUAUAAAUGCCUGGCUUUAUUCUCAUUGAAGUGAAUUGCUAGCAAUUCCAGUGUACUUUACCUCAGUAGCAAAAUCUAAAGUUGGGUUGUAAAAGCAAUAAUGCAAGAUUUCUAGAUAAGAAAUCAGACCUGCAACAUGACUAGUUUAGAGCUUACCUUAUAUCAGAGGCGGCCAAAGGCGAUCUCUAGCCAACUAAGUGCCAAGGGAGUGCCAACUUGGAACCAGAACACACUCAAUGAGAUGGCAGCAUCAUUGGGCACUGUAGGAACCCCAUCAGCUGGUAUAAGUGUCUAUUGGGUGGUUCCAAAGAGAAAUUGGCACUGCAGCUAGCUGUAAAUGACCUUUGCAAACACUUAUCAGACUGAUAGCAGAAUGAUGUGGGAUCAGUGCGAACAUAAAGAAUGAUCCUUUUUAACGUAUCAGGUAGCAAACAAACAGGGGCAGAGAAUAUCUGACAUCCAGGUUAUUAAACAAUCAAACAAUAUCUGAUGUCCAGGAAUUUAGAAGGGGGCAAUAAACGUUGCAGCUGAGUCUUUCCCAGGCCCAGACAAAAGAAAGUAAACUUCAAAUAUAAUUUCACAUCAGCCAGAAGUUAGAGCUGUACUGAACAUUUCCCAUUGAACACAAUGAGCCAGUGUUUUGAGCGGUUAACUGUAUUUAUGCCACACACACACACCCUUUUACAGAGCUUGACAUCAUUGUCCUUUUGACCAGUUGCUUACUUUAAACAGCACUUAGGCACACAAUGUCAUGUUUGUUUUGAAGUAAAUAUAUAACUACUGUAAUGAGGUGAAUUAUAAAAAGGUUAUUGGAAGAUAUUGUUCUGACACAACGUUGUUGGCAUUGUAACAAAAAAGGGAAAAACAAACUUGUUGCAAACUUUGGCGAAAUUAUAAUGGUUGAACUCUUUAAUCCUGACCAUCCCUCCUGGUGUUUUAAGGUUAGAAAGUGGUUGGGUGCUGCAGCUCCUUUGUUGAUUAAUUUUGCUCAUGUCAUUCUUGCUUCCUAUCUCGAUCCCUCACUAAAAAAAUUGUCUUUCUAAUUGGCAGGCCUGGUAUAGCUUUUCCAAAUACAGGUACUUUUGAUUUCAAAUUGAGAAACUCAAAUUAUGAAUCCAGCUCUGAAAUGCCUCAGAUAGAUAUUUCUUGGAGUCUGUUUCAUGUUUAUCACCGACUUAACACUGUAAGGUGAUUGUGAAACAGUCUUCAAAGUCUGUUUCACCACCUGCACCUCUAAGUUCUGACUAACGUGAAAUUGAACACAAAAGUUGCUUUUGGUGCUAUCAGUGCAAGGCUGAGCAGAGAACUAGUUUUGAGGGGCUUGGCAGGGUAGGGGUGUGUGGAAUCUGUUGGGGAGACACUAGUCUUCUCUGCUUUACCAUACCUUUGAGAUGAAGACUCUGCUGUAGUGCAGAUUACCUGCCUGAAGACACAAGCCAGUGGGAAUGUCGGUCGCAACUGGGGGUCCAAAGUUGUACUGGCAGAGCUUUGGGGGUAUCUUCUUUCAAAUGGAAGGCACAGGUUCCUUGGCGUUGAAUGGCUUGGUCUCUGAAACAGGUUGUUUGUGAGAGCCGCUUUAGCUACUCGGUAGAUUGUGAAACUUUUCAGCAUGUUCUUUUAAAUUGAAGGACAUUUGUGCUUUCACCACAGGUUAUAUUGAAACCAGUAAGCUUGUACCAUUGAAAUGCAACCAGUAUCAUCAAGAGGUGGUCCAUUUGUAGGCACACGUUACCAAGACAACACUGCCCAUUUCAUGUAAUGAAAUCUUCCAAAGUAACUGACGUUUCAGCACUAAAUUCAUCACUGACUAUAUGAAUGAAAUAAACCAGAUGAAGAAGAACGUUUGAUGUCCGUUACAACAGGGAACAAAGGGUUUUCAAUAUCUAUAAGUUGAGCAAUAUUCUAAAACCUGAAAACCUUUAUGUCACCUGUUGGACUCGCACUGCACCCUACUUUGAUUCAGCUUGAUUUUUGUCCAGAGAACAAUUUUUAUUAAUUUAUUCUUUCAUGAAUAACUCUCUGACUACAGAGUGUUUUCAGGACUUGAAGAUGCUGCUUUGUGGAAGGUCUUCAUAGCAGUGGAUGGGCGAACUCAAAUUUUAUUUGAUGAUUCAAGGCACAAGAUUCUGGGGCUGGACUCUUUAGUUGUUAAUGAUCUCAGAAGCAACGAUAAUUGCAACAAAAUUUAGACGAAUGGAAAUGUCCCUGGGUAUCUCAAAAGGUAUCCAUGAACCUUUUUGGUUCUGGUUCAAGUCAUUAAUAAGUAGGAACAGAGAGCUAUGGGCCAAACUAAUAAAACUGCUAUUCCACUGCAAUUUGGGGUGUGGGAACAAUAUUAGGAAGAAUCUGGAAUGACCCGAGACUGUUUUCAUCACAAUUGCACCUCUAUAAUUGAUCUGAUGGUGCUGUUUACAACAGCAUUCCUUAAACACAGUCUAAUUUGUGCUUGAAUGAGAUGGAAUAGUAUUGCUACUCAGUAGAGGUAUAUGAGGACCAGAAGGCACCUAAACCUUGGGUAAUACUUGGCACGUCAGUCCAGGAAUACAAGUUUAAAGCUGUACUUCCUUUUUUUGUCUUGUUGCUUAAGUCUACAGUCUGGUUCUGAUUAUCCCAGUGCUUCUGUGUGCACAGUAUACUUUUAUUAGCUCCUGUUUUUAAAUACUUUUUUUAAACCUCUGGUCUUUAUUCUGUGACCCUGGUAAAUAAAGGGAAAUAGGACUGGAAGUGGCCAUGAGAGGGUGGGCUCCAAUCAUUGUCAAACCCAGACCAGUUCAGAAAUUGAGUCACGUUUAGUAUUUCAAACAGACAUUGGAUUCAGUAAAUUUCACAUGAAAACCUGAUCAUUGUUUGCAGUAUUAAAUAGUGCAGGAACCCCCAGCUCGCAUGAUUCAAUAUCAAGUUAAGUUCCAAUGGCCCCAUUUAAUUGGACAGAAUAGGCAGAAAAAGUAAAUUCUGCCAGCUCCCUCUUCCCCAUUCCCUCUGCGCCACCCUGUAAAUUUGUAAAGGGUUUGGGGAAAUUAAAGAGUGCACAAAACUGCAAAGACAAAUUAAACUUUCCUAGUUUUUUUUUAAAAAUCUGCCACCAUCCUGAAGGAAAACUACUUUAAUAUCAUUUAGUGUAAGCUUGUCUUGGGUGGCUUCCCGAGAGUUUGUCUGGUGAUGUUCCAACACAUUAUUCCACAAGGCAGCAGAACGAACACAGACUUCUUUUCACUAUUUCUUACAAAAUUAGUUUUGACCUCACCUUGUCGGACAAGCUACCAAGUGGAGGCCAAGUGAGAUUGAUGGAAAAUUGGCAAAUUGCUCUCCCUCAUGUGUUCUCUUCUGCACUGUUACAAGAGUACUGCAGUGUGCAAGAUGUAUAUCGACACCUUCGUUGACUGGUGGUGAAGGAGGAUUACCUUUUCAGCCAGCUGAGCAUUGCAGACAUGCCAUUGAAGUCGUGGGAAAGUCUGACCUGAACCCCCUCAGCAGUCAAAGCAGCAAGAAUCCUUAAAGGGGAAAUGAUCUAGCUAACACCACUAAGUCAUUACGACCACUGAUGGUGUCUCAAAUGCUAUGGAGCUAAUGCAUAUUAUUAGUGCAUACAAAUUACUAGACUUUGAUAUGCUAUUGGCUGUAGCAUUUGUCAUUUUAAUUCUAGCAAUUAAAACCAAGUACCCCGCCAAAGCCCUCACUUUGCUUGUGAAUUGACAGAGCAAUGGCUUAGCUAUUCCCAUUUUAAGGGUUGUAUAAGAUAAACAGAAAAUGGCUGGAUACAUGAAUUUAGAAUUAAAUAAUAUUGACCCAUGAAAUAAAUAACUGUGAGCCCCUCAUAGUGGAUUCAGUGAAGGAUCAAAUAUUCUAACCUGAAGAGGAGUUUGGUGACCAGGUCGGAUAAUGGGUCCAGGAAGAACCUUAUUGACUGGUUGUGUUGAAGGAACCGAAAGUUCAUGGAAAAAGGAAGUGGGUUGCAAUUUUCAUGGGCAAAGUAGACAGGAUCAUAGAAUGCAACCUCCACCCGACAAACACUGGUUAGAAUCCCAUGUGAUCAAGUUGGGAUCGCUCUCAGUGGUCGCUGCAAGGGAAUUUAGUUUAUUUCUAACCGUAGACCAGUAGCCCAACUCAGGUGCGUAACAUUUUUCCAUCACUGUUCCGCAGUGCAAGUAAUCUCUGUUUUCCUCUGAAUUGUCCCUCACUCCUCAAAUGUGAAAAGUGUUUAUCUUAAUUGUUCCUGGCCUGCAAUCGUUGGCUUGCAGUGUCACUUUCUGAUGCUCUUCUUUGUUGUUUGCGCGUGUGUGAUGAAAUAUUGUAACCUGGAUGCAAGUUAAUACUUUUUAUUACAGGCAAAUUUAAGUAAUUAUAUAUGUAAUGCAGCAGAAGAACCCAUGCUUGAAGGUUUAUUCCUCCAGGCGAAUAUGAAGGUAAACAGAUAGCUGCCCUGGCCAGGUGCCAGACCAAAAGACAUGCACUAAACAGUAACCGUCACGCCAUAGGUGAGGGUUUAUGUAAACUAACGACACAAAAAGAGAAAAAAGUUCUCAGAGCAAAAAGAAUAAAAGUACUGUAUAUCAAUUGUUUUUACUAUUGUUUGAAUUGUGAGACCAAAACAGUCACUGUUAACCCAAGGGAUGGUGGGUGCGAAAGGUACAAGGUAGAACCAUGCUAGACAUCCUCUUUCAAUUGAAUAGCUAUUUAGAUAAUAGGACUAAUUUUCCGAAUGUGUGCUCCUGGCAGAGAACCUCGCCUUGGCACAACCCCCACAAUUUUCUGACUGUUUGGGUGACAGAUCAUAGGGAGUACACCUGCAAUUUUCCCACGCAUGCUCUCCAUGGCGGAAUCUUUCUGCCAGGAACGCGCAUUUAGAAAAUCAACUCAUUCAGUCUACAUCUAAUUCAAUCCCAUGUGGAGAGUACUUUGGAUGGAAGUGCUUGUUAGUUAAAUAAUUCAACCCAUUCUUCCAUUAGCUGUGAAUUUUAUUUUAUUUUUUUAAAAUACGUGUUAUAUAAACAUAAUUUAUAAUAAUUUGAAUGCUUCUUCUCUCAGCCAGGCAGCUGACACAUAAUUAAAUCCAUCAUCAUACUUAAGAAUCUUUAAACCGAACAAUUGAGAAAUAGACACAACUCAAGAUUCUUUUUGCCUGAUAUGAAUUGUACAAUCUCUUCUCAUGAAGCAGCAUUCAAUUUGGGGACCCACCCCGCCACAAAUGUAUAUCCAUUCUCUGCUGGAAUUUAAUUAGCAGUUUACCACUGUGUACCACUGAUAAGUUUCCUGCUGCUGGUCUGUUAGAAUCACCCUAUGUUUUCCAGCACUAUCUGGAGGGUUUAUAUGGAGACUAGUUCGAAGAACCAUAGGCCCCAUUAUAGGGUCUAACUCUCCAGGUCCCAUCAAUUGGUGAACAUGUUGGUCAGUCUUGAACUCUACCUUGGAGCUCACCAAUGGACCUGACAUUGCAUUUUGGAGUCUGCCCAAGAGGAGUGGGUCAAUUUGAAUCUCCCUUCUUCAAAUAUGGCAUCUUUGAGCUAACAAAGACCCCACCUAUCUGCCCCUAUCACAAUGAAAAUCUACAUUUUCUGAAUCUUGCUAUUAGAGUUAAGGAAAGAUACACAAAAAAAGUUUUCAUUUGCCUUGUCCAAGUACCUUGCAAUUUGUCACCUUAAAAAUUCAGGUAAUAGUCACUCAUCUUUCACAACUGAGAUUUUAGUCAUUACACCACAAAUUUGGUGAAUGCACACAUUUUCAUUCCAUAUGGCAACUUGUGUUACUAAUCUGACUGCAUAAUACCAUUUUAUUAAAAAUCAAUUUGUGUUGACCAUAAGAUGGAUAGAUGAAGGAACUCCAACAAAGUGAUGGAGCAUUUCUCAUGCCUCUCUUUUUCUUAAAACCUGCCGUGACAGGGUACGUGACUCUGCUUUAUUAAAACUUAUUUAAACUUGAAACUUGGAAGUAGAUAGAUAACAUUGAGUUUGGUCCUUGGGCGAGGUGAAAUCACACUUUCUUGUAUUUCCCUACUUGCUCAUCCUUCCAGUAGCCAUUAGCUUCCUACCAUUCCUGAGAGGGGAUCAAAGAUGCUUGUUUGUCCCAAAAGUACCAAAACCCAAGCAUUAAAACUUGCUUUUCUGCUAUAGAUUACUACCCAAACCAACUUGUCAAACUAAAGUUUUUAUUUGCCAAUAUGAUAAUCACAUUUUCCAUUUUACUUAAAUAAUGAAUGACAGGUUAUUAUGAACUGUAACAAAUUUAAUGUCUAAUUUGCCAACAGUUUAUGGCUUGCCUUGUAUCUACUGCAGUCAACCACCUUUGUGGGAAUGUAAUAAUAUUUCUGUACUGUCAAUGCCUUAAUGGUUUAAGAGGGCCGAGUACUAAUUCUAACACAACUAUUGUUGGGAAAAUAUUGUGGGAAUAAAUCAAUUUAUUGAAAUCCA